AUGGGCGCCUUGUCCUGCGAGGCUUCAUGCGGUGCCUCGCCUGUUCGCUCUUUCUGUCACCUUUCAAACGGGCGCUGAGACAUUGGAGUCUCAUAGGUAAGACAACAAACAGCAAAAGCAGCUUGAGUGCAAACAACACAGAGGAACAGCAUGUUCUCUCACCUUUGGCAGCGCGCUCUCAGCCCCUUUGCCUCUCCAAGUGAGAUUGACAGUGUAUCAUCCUUCCCAUCCUUCCCACUUCAGAUUUUUGAAAUGGCAGUCGACUGCCCUCGGUUUUCGUACACUAAACCAAGACGUCUUCCGAAGAAAAGGUGCCGCCCAUCGAAUGCCGCGUUUCGCGCUGCUGCAGCGCAACUCGAUCUUGUCAACCGCAAAGCAGGAGGUAUUUGCGUACCAGCAAUCGUGGAUCUAUUGAGUGAUGGAGAGGUCAAGCCUGAAAUAGAGUAUGAGCAGGUGGAAUAUGCAGUGCAGAAGGCUCUGGCUAAAGAACAUAGUCUCCCGAGUGCAAAUACGUUCGAACGCAAGACCAUGGUACAUACUAGCAAUAUCAAUCCAGCAGCCUCGCAACGAAAGCGACGCUUCAUCGUGGACUCGGAUGAUGAGGACGGCAGUAAGUACCUCAUUUUGCAUUGUAGCACCCUCAUUCACCCUGCUCAGCAUCUCCAGCGCCUUCCUCGCCCUCUAGCGGAAGGGAUCCCCAAAGAGAACGAGCCAUUCGUUCCGUUAGUCGCGACACGAAGCGACUAAGAGACAGCUUCCUAUCUGACUCCGACCAUGCCAUUAACCAACCAGUCAGAAAGGCGAAGAGGCCGUGACAAGACUUAUCG